AUGGACGACCUUAGCUUCGCAGCGUUGUGCGACGACUUUUCGCAGCAGCCGUGCGACGAUUUUUUGCAGCAGCCGUGCGACCAGCUUAGUGCGAGUCUAAUGGACCUGCUGCAGCCGCCCCUGCUUCCGCAAACGUCGCUUGACGAAUUCGACCCAUCUUUUCAAAGAAUCGACGGCUGGCCGUGGCCUGGGAACAAUCUGGACGGUCCGCAGCAGUCCUGCGAGAUGGAUUUGGAGUCCGACGCUGCAAUGGCUGCGCUGUUGGCGGAACCCGCGGUGAGAAUCCCCUGCUCCGCGCAAGUCUCCGCGCCCGGCGCGGGCGCGUCUCCGGCAACUGGAUGGCGCGCGCCCGCAGCGGUCCCCGCCGCAGCACCGAGUGCGGUUCUUCCGCCGAAGCCCGGCGCAACCGUGGCGGAAGCUUUUGCGCUGGCAGCUGCGGGCGCGGCGGGCGUGACGCAAACGGCGGAACCAACAGCCGCGCUGGCGGAAGCCGCCACUCCCCACACGGCCACGCCAGGCACUGCAAGCACAGGAAUUAGCGAUAACAGCAGUCUAGGGUCUGAAGCGGUCAUGGCGCCGCCAUCAGCGGAGUAUAUCAAUGCGGAGUUGCUUCUGACGAUGCUGCUGCUGCAGCAGCAGCGCACUAAUAACCUUGCGGGGACGGAAGGUAGCAGUCUCGCGCAGGCAAUUGUUCUCCCCACAGCGACAAUCGGCGGUGCUAACGGUCGUGAUACUGCCGGUCUGCAUGGCGGCAGUGGUGGUGGCGGUGAUGGCGGUGGCGGUGGCGGUGUCAGUGGCGCGCAGGCAGCUGUGCUUCCAGCGAACAACGACGUUACCUACAAUCGUCCUGCUGCUGCUUUGCAUGGCGGUGGUGGUGGCGGAGGCACUGGUGGUGGUGGUGGUGGUGGUGGUGGUGGUGGUGGUGGUGGUGGUGGUGGUGGUGGUGGUGGUGGUGGUGGUGGUGGUGGUGGUGGUGGUGGUGGUGGUGGUGGUGGUGGUGGUGGUGGUGGUGGUGGUGGUGGUGGUGGUGGUGGUGGUGGUGGUGGUGGUGGUGGUGGUGGCAGCAACGGCAGCGUCGCCCUGCAUCCGUUCGAUGUCAUGCUGGGGAUGGACGGGCAGGAUCUCUCGGGAGGAGCAGGAGCAGGAGGAGCAGCAAGGGCAGGGGCACCAGCAGCAGCGUCGCCAGCAGCCGCAACAGCAGCAGCAGACAUGACAACCGGAGCAGCUCAAGAGGAUGGCACUGUAUCGGAUGCUGCAGUAACGAGGCUUCUAUUGGAGUGGAUAGCGAUGCAAGACAUGAAUGCGACGGGCACAGGCCCUGGAGGGCCCCCCUUGCAGUUCCCCCACCGCCUCUCGCACCACCCUCUGCCCCAAAAUAUCAUCAGAAAUCCUUCCGCCCCUUUUUCCCCAUCCCUUCCCCCGGCCCCCGCGCCGCCCACUCCUGCCACUGUUCUUCCACGAGGCUCCCCGCGCAUUCCCCUCCCCGCUCCGCCGCCUGCGCCCCACGUCAUUUCUGGCGGAACGGGUACUGGCGGGAGUGCUGGCGGAGCGGGUACUGGCGGGAGUGCUGGCGGGGCCUGUAGUGGCGAGAUUGCUGGCGGAAGCUCUGCUGCAGCGACCAUGGCGGCGCAGCAGCUGUUCCUCGCCACUGCGUCUGUUGCGCUGGGAGGGAGGCGUGGAGGGUGGGCGGACGAGGGGGUUGCAGCUGCGGCGAGAGCAUCAGGGGUUGGAGAAGGAGCGUUGCCCUGUGUUUCUCUGUCUCUCUUGCAGGAAACUGCUGCUGGUGAUGCUGAUGAUGGCGGUGCUGCUGCUGCCGAUGCUGAUGUUGCUGCUGACGGAGUUGAUUUUGGUGUUGGUGAUAUUGUGGAUUGCACGGUUUGUGUUGCUGCGGUGGAAGGAGAGGAGGAGCAACGAGGGAAGGAGCGGAAUAUGGAGAGUAGCAAUGGGCCAGGCGAGGGCAAUCACCGUGGACACGCGUUGCUACAGAUGAUCGAGGAUAUGGAGCAGCAGCAACAGCAGCAGCAACAAGAGCAUGGGGCACAGUACGACCAAGAGCACGAAACGCAGCAGCAAGAGCAUCGGCAACAGCAGCAGGAGAAGGGGGGGGUCGCGGCGUCGCUGGGGGGGUUGACGAGUGUGACAGUAACGAGGGCUCUGAGCGCGCUGGGCGUGGAGGAGAGCAGCAGCGGAGUGGUGCAGCAGCAGCAGCAGCAGCAGCAGCACCUGGCAUCCAGCCAGGCAGUCACUCAGACAAGUGCCAAAGAGAGGCCAUACAACCCGCUUCCAACCCCGGUACCACUGCCCAUAGACCAGGUGGGCGGAGUGAGAGGAAGGGACUGGGACCACUCGGGUGCACCCUCUUCGCCCUUCAAGCAAGUGCGAGUGCACUCCCAGGUGCAUUCUCAGGUGAAUUCCCAGGUGCAGGCGUCCCUCCCUACGCAAGCUCGCCGCACCUCUGACCUGUCAGCACGACUGAAAGGGCUCCUUGGAGUGAUUACCACCUCCUCUUCUCCCAGCAGCCAAUACCGCGCUGCCACGUCAGCAGCACAUUCGGCGUCAGUGGCACCAGCAGCAGCAGGAGGAAUGGCAGAUGCUGUGAGGGAGCGUGUGCCAGGUUGUUUGGCAGUGGAUGCAGCAGCAGGUAAGCACGGUGCGGGUCAGGCAGCCGAAGCUGGGAGCACAGCAGAGGGAGGCGAAGAUGCUUCUAUGGAGGAGGGCGGGGUGGGAGGCGGAAAUGUGACUGUAGGAGGGGGCGCAAGCGUUGCUAGCAGCGUGGCUGCAGGAGGGAUGAUCGGAGGCGGGUUCUUUGGUGGUGCGAGUGCCAGCCUUGGCUUUCAGAGAGACUCUGGCCGGUCGCUGAAACCGGAUGUUUCUGGGCUGCUUCCCGGCAUGGUGGACGGUGGGAAGGAGAGGCACCUGUGGUCGCAGCUGUCAGCGCUGGCUGAAGCUCUCACCACCGACGAUUCGGUACGGAGGGAGGCGGCAGCGGGGGGGGACACGCUGCAGCGCAUCGCCUUCCACGCGCUCCAGGCUCUGCGGGCUCGCACCGACGGCACCGCCAUCCAGCAGUUCAGUUGCGCCCGCGCUUGCUCUGCCGAGAGUAUCAUGGAGCUGAUGGGCCACGACAGUGCUUAUAGCGUGCCAUCCUUUAUGGAGUACAACUAUGCGGCACAGUGGGUUAACAUCCUCAUGCGCCUCUCCGCCCACUUCUCCCAACUCACUGCCCUGCCCCCUGCCCAUGCUGCUGCUACUGUUGCUGGUGCUGCUGCUGGUGCUGAUCUGGCUGCUUCUGCUGCUGCUGCUGCUGCUGCUGCUGAUGCGGCUGAAGCUGGUGCAGCUGAGGCCAUGCCCAAUUCCAAAACUGACACGACAGCCGGCAGUGAAGCUGGCACUGCGUCGGGCCCAGCCAGCACCAGCAGUGGGAAGGCUGGGAGCAGCAGCCAAGGCAGGAGUGAGAAUGAGCAGAGAGCGGGUGCGAGCAUGUUCUGCAAGCAGGGGAUCAGUGCAGUGGGCUCUACGUUAGCUUCCCCUGCUGCUGCUGCUGCUGCUCCCUCCUCCUCUCCCUCCCCUGCCUCGACCGCCACUCCCUUGGGAUCCCCACCAACCUCCACCAGAAUAUCUACUCCUACCACUGCAUCUCCCACUCCUCUUGCAUCCCCUGCAGCACCGCCCUUCUCGCCUGCACCAAGAGGCACUGCAGCUAGCCCCCCUGCGGCUCCCUCCCCUCCAGGAGACGCCAACACAGGCACCAGCGCCCGGGGGUGGGAGAGACCAUACCCAUCGCCCCCCACCCCGCUGCUCAAGAUCAUAGCUGUCGAUUUCUCCACAGUGAAGCUCGCAUCUCAACGGUCAGGAAUGGUCCAUCUGGGCGGGCGGUACCUGGAGCAAGUGGCCAGGAUGUGA